CCCACCGGAAGUGUAAAUAUUCUCACGGUUUAUUUUGCCCGCGUGCGUGUUUUAGUCUGACGUGACUCGGUUGUGUAAAUAUUCGUCAUUUCCGGUCAUUAUGUCGGCGGUGCAGCGGAUGAAAGUAGCGAACGAGAAACACAGCAAGACCAUCACACAGCGCGGGCACGUGCAGAAGACCGCGCGGGUGCAGGGAGAAGAGAAAUCUCCAGUUGGUCCGUGGCUCCUCGCUCUCUUCGUGUUUGUGGUGUGUGGCUCAGCUAUCUUCCAGAUCAUACAGAGUAUCAGACAGGGGAUGUAGGACGAGGAUCAAAGGGUCUGGUGAUGGUCAUGAUGAAGCUCCUCCCACUGACACCUGACUGAUCAAUCACCUGCUCAUGUGUAGAGUUUACAAUACAGUGAAGCUGUUCUCUUACUGACUGUGUGUGUGUGUGUGUGUGUGUGCACGUGUGUUGCUAUGCAAUAAUUUUAUACCAGCAAAUAAACUAUUUUCUCUACACACACAGCCAUCGGUCUGUAGUGAUGUCACUGACACACACUGCAGUUUCAGUUUAUUAUUAUGAUUAUUUUGUAAACAAACAACAAGCACCUGUAAGUGAUUUAGCUGAAUGAUGUUAAACGUUUUUGUGUUUCUCU